GAGAGGGUGAUGCAGUGGCUAAAGCGACCUGUUCUGUCAAAAAAUCUAAUGCUACCCUAAAGAGCAGGAAAUGCCUUUUGCGGUGGACGCGGCAGUUGUAGGUCUUACUCCAAACUACAAUCCGCAGUAAAAAGUAGACGGUGAAACGAAGCACAAGAUCCCCGACUGGGGUGCUGCAGCGCCGUGGAAACUUUCGUCCGGGAGUGUUUAUUUUUCCGUUGACGACGUUGCUGCUCUUUGCUACUCUUAAGUUAAAGCGACCGAGAAUCAUCAUGAAGGCCAUUUCGGAACAGGAGCGGCUACAGCGGUUCAAUUCUACUGGCAUGAUUGGCUAAAAGUUCUGCAAAACUGGUUGUCUUGACUUGAGAAGUGCCAAUAUCACUGCAGUUAACACACUUGGGUGUAAGCUCUUCCGUUUUGAGGAAUGAGUCUGGUGCGCAAGAAGAUCCUGCUUUGGGCCGUGUUCGCCUUUGGAGCUAAUAUUAUUGUUUAUACUUUAAUUACAAUAUCCAAGCCAUCAAAUGAUGAACCAUCUCUGACCAAAGCUACAAAGACAAUCAUACCUGAGGGAACCUUCUGGAAAAUGUCACUCGAUCACAGUGCUUAUUGGAACUUACUCCAGCAUUAUUUAGACAGGAGAUACAAUCCUAUAUUAAAAAAUGCCUCAGUAGGUCAGUUGCCUGGAAAUGUAAGUUACUUCUUAACAAGGCAAAGUAAUUUGCAAAACAAUGUUACCUGUACUCAAGAUUCAGAUAUUGCCAUGCAUAUUAAAGACUUCAGUACUUUACCUGAACAAGUGAGAGACUUCAUGGAAUCCAUGCAUUGCCGCAACUACACGUUGCUUAUUGACUAUCCUGAAUUAUGUACUAAAGAGGCUCCUGAUUUACUUCUGGCAAUUAAGUCCCAGGUCCCUAAUUUUGAAAACCGGCAAGCUAUCCGGGAGUCAUGGGGAAAGUCUGGGAAAGUUAAUAAUAUUACAAUUAAAGCUAUUUUUCUUAUGGGAAGACAAGACCCGUCCUCUGGACCUUUUUUUCCCAACUUGGAGGGCCUCUUAAAGCUUGAGAGAGACAAUUACAAAGAUGUUCUCUUGUGGGAUUUCAAAGAUACUUUCUACAACCUUACAUUGAAAGAUGUUCUUUUUUUGGAAUGGUUUGACAAAAACUGUGCAGGAGUCAGAUACGUCUUCAAAGGUGAUGAUGAUAUUUUUCUUAACACUGAAAGCCUUGCUGAACUUGUUGCAUCUCAUAUAACAGGGAAGGAAAGUCCAGAUCUCUUCCAGGGCCAGGUGAUCUACAAUGCGUCUCCACUCCGAAAUGUAAAACUAAAAUACUUCGUUCCAGACAGUCUGUAUGCAGGAACAUAUCCACCCUAUGUAGGAGGAGGUGGUAUGGUCUAUACAGGAGAUUUAGCAAGAAAGCUUAACAGGAUGACUAAACGUGUAGUCCUUUUUCCUAUUGAUGAUGUAUAUAUGGGCAUGUGUUUGCAGAGACUAGGAGUAAGCCCUUUAGAACAUACUGGAUUCAAAACCUUUGAUAUAGCAGAGGACAGUCGGGGCAAUCCAUGUUCUUAUAAAAAUCUGAUUGUAGUACAUAGGCGAACCCCCAAGGAAAUGAUUCGGCUCUGGAAACAAAUGCACAGUAUGGAACUUAACUGUUCAUAGCACUGUAAAAUCCUGGUAUGUUACCAAAGCCUUUUUUUU